UGACAGCUGUCUUAGACCUGUUAGCGGAAAUGGGAAACUUCUGUCUCCAGGGAAAUGUCCUUAUUUAAUCAUCAUUCGGAAGCAGCAGCUUCUGAUGUGCUUGGUUUUGUCCUCCCUGAAGUGCCUGAGGAUUAUACCGUCAGGGAAGCGGAACUGAAAAUGGGAAGCCUGCUAGGGCUGUGUCAUGGGAAAGCUCCAGCUUCCACUCAGCUGUUCUUAUAUUUUAUGGUUGGGAGUGACCAAAACGCAAGCCCGGAGAUGGAGAUAGUUGUGGAAGAGACUGCCUCUGUCAAAGAGUGUCUAAAUUUAAUGCUGGAAAAAUCGGGAUUAUCAGGUGACAACUGGCAUUUGAGAAGGAUUGACUGGUGCUAUGAAGCAGGGGAAGCAUUAAGUCAGGAAAAUGCCACUCUGAAGGAACUUAAUGUUUGCAGAGGAGAUACUUUGGUUAUAACUGAAGGAAAGCUUCCAGCAAAGGGUUUCCUGAAAAUACCCGUCUGGUGGUUGAAGCCUUCAAGCCAUAAGAAACAUGGAGAGAAUGCACAAGACCAAGUGAAUGGGAUGACCUGCAAGAUGGAUGCUUUGCAGGUGUCUCCUGCAGGAGAUGCACCAGAAUACCUCCACACCGACACGGAUCUUUGUUAUGCUGGCAGUCUAGAAAUAGCAGGAGAAGCUUCUUUGGAAGAUCUGAAGAUGCAGGCCAUGACCUUACCAUGCUGCCCAGAGCAGAUUGUCCCACUGCCCUCGUUUCUCAGAGCAUGGACAGUGGACAGUAAGCGCCCAGGCAAGCUUUUACGAAACAACAAGCAGCGACUCAAUGACUACAAGCUGGGUGCCAGAGUGGAAAUCUGCCUAGAAGCUUUGCAAAAAGAAGAGCAUUUGGGCCCCCAGGAACUGCUGCUUCGAGUCCAGAUGGGCAUCCCAGGGGAGAGGGACUACUAUGGCUCCACGGAUUUGGUGUGGGAUAUCUCCAAAGAAUGCACAACCUGGGCACUGAGGCAACGAGUGGCUUCUCACUAUGGUCUCCCUGUAGAUAAAACUGAAAUAGCCAAAUACUUCCCUGAAAGAUUGGAGUGGCUGCCAAUAUCUAGCUGGACACAGCAAAUGUCAAAGAGGAAACGGAAGAAAAAACAGGAGAGUUUACAGUCAGCGCCGUACCACCUGAAAGACGGCGAUAUCAUUGGGGUGAAGAAUCUUCUUCUUGAUGACACUAAGGACUUCAGCACAGUGAGAGAUGACGUUGGAAAAGAGAAACAAAGGCAGCUUGCAUUAGGAAAAAAGAAAAGUCGGCAAGCCGAACGCUUACAGGAGCCUGUUUUCUCUGAGGAGAAGCUGAAUAUUAAGCACCGUAAACCAGAAGUGGCUCUGUCUAUCAAUGUGGGCGUUUUCAGAUAGCACCAGGAGAUGAUUCGCUGAGCAGACCGUACUACAGAUGUCCUCAGUUGGCCUGGAGUACCUCAGCUGGACCGGCAAGAGGGUCUUUCCCGAAGUGUCUUCAGGAAUCACCGAGACAAACUGGAGAUAGGAUUCAGGCUAACUCUGAUUUUCUUCUAAUCUCUCUUGGGGAAGUGCUUUAGCAUCCCUUUAUCCAUGUGGUAUUUCUUCUCAGGCUAGGUAAAUGCACUUUAUCCAUGAGAAAACAGAUUAAUAUAUUGUGUAACCUUUUGGUGACUGUUUUGUA